AUGGUUGCGACCUUCUCACCACACCGUGAUGCGGGCGGCACUCUCCAUUUGCCCUCACACUCAGGAAUUCACCAUAUCGAUGCGAACUCGGCCAUUCGGCAACUUCGUCGAUCAUUUUCCCGCUCACCGUCAAAGAGUUCCAAUUUCUCCCUUCUAGCCUCGCGCAACCAGUCUCCAUCCAAAAACACACCCUACGUUUCAUCUCCUCUGUCCCCGUCGCGAAGGCCGGCCCAGAGUAACUUUGUACUCUUUCCCAGCUCGUCCCAUCAGUCCCCCUUCGCUAUCCCAUAUCCACCAAGUGCCAAAAUUUCGAGACCUGCUAUGCGCCGGACGCGUACAUCGCCUCGAAGUCCGGUCAAACGCGCUCUCAACAUCUCAACCGACCAAGGAAACGCGAAACUUUCACAGGGGAUUCCCGCAAAUCUCGGGGUGGAGAACUCACCCACGAAUUCGGGAAUUAGCACUUCACCAGAUGAAGUGAGUGCUGGCACAGGGAUCUGUUCUAGCGAUACACCCACAUGCGCCGACGGUACCGUGGCACCUCGCCCAACAUUGUCGAGGAUUGAGAAGCGGCGAAGUGGAACAUUCGGCACCUAUGUAACGGUCAGCCCGUUGAAACGAAGCGACGGGAUCAUGAACCUGGAUCGGGCAUCGCGAGGCAGUCCUUCAGCAAAAAGGCGGAGUGUCCAUGCGCCUAAUCUUUCCGAGGAAUUCAGCAUAUUUGACAGCGAGAGCUCAACACCGGAGGUUCCGACAACGACUGAGUCUCCCUUGGAGAAGGAUGAGUUAUCUUUUCCCACGACUACCCCUCCAUUCAGUCCCUUUGCAACUAUUCCAAGACGCUCAUCCUCUCUACGACGAUCCACCGUCCAACAGCGCUCCAGUGAUCGUUCACUCUUCUCUCGAGCCAGGGCUAUGGGGGACUCUGAGGUCUCUGAUGCUGGCACACCUCUCACGGUUCACCCGCGCAUGUCCUUGGAUAAUACUCUCUUCCAACCAAACGGAGAAACCCUGUUUUCUUCCCGGCCCAACCCAGGAAGCUCUUUGUUCUCCUCGCUUGGAGCUGGCACUGCUCCAUCGCGUCCCGCCGCCCAUCCACUGUCCAGGACAAUCACACAAUCUUCAUCCAGCUCCAGUCUGGUAGAUGAUUCUCCAACUCAGGAGCCCCUUCAAAAGAGUGACCGCCCUCGCGGGGUCUUCAAUUUUUCCAAGUCUCUUCCAGCGGGGGCCACUCGACCCACUGCUGCCCGCCAUCUCACCCGCGAGGACUCGACAUCUUCUACCGACUCAUUCGCUACACCCGAAAACUACAAAUUAGUCAAGCCUCUGCCGGCAGCCUUUAUGUCAACAGGCCUCAUAUCCAAGAAAAAUCGCAACGCUGAGGACCCUCAGAAUCUGCUUGCUUUUAACAAGAACAUGCCCGAGACCCCGUGUAAGCGACCUGUGAGCCUCUUCCCUACGGCGCACAAGACCCAACCCGAGCGAUCUCUAGAGAACUCGGGGUUCAACAGUUCGAUAGAUAUGCCCCCUCCCUCCCCAUUCAAUCCAACAAACACAAGACCCAAAUUGGGUCCUUUUGCGCGGGGUAUGGGUAUUUUUGGCAAUUCAUUCAAUAGGCCGGGUAUUUCGCGGCGUGGAAGUUUUGCCAGCAUAGAUGGUGAUGAUGGGAUGCAGACCCAGUCGCCGUCUAAUCGACAGGAUGGCCAAACGCUUAGCGAGUUGGACUUUCCUCCAACUCCUACCAAACAAUCAUUCUUCCCCUCUCGAACUUACCCACCUACAGCUUCACAGAUUGCUUCUCUUGAGCGAUUAGCUGAAGCUCGAGGUACAAAUUCGAGCCCGCUACAUGAUCGGUUUCUCCGUGGGUCUCCCCGUACACCCCGGGAACACCUCUAUCCUCCGGACCCCAGUGGCCUAUCCAUUUCGGCCCUUAACGAUCAGCAAGCAAUGAAAUCCGACCUGAAUUCCUUCAACCUGCCAGCCACUCCCACUGGCCCGCGUGACUCAUUCUUUCAAUCAGGGAAACGACAUAGCCUCCCUCUGAACAUCCACCAUGCCCCAGACGUGGAUUCUAGCCUGACGUCCCGAUUUGAGAGUGUUGAGCUGGUUGGUACUGGGGAGUUUUCCCAGGUCUAUCGUGUCUCCCAGCCCAACGAGAUGUCUCUGUCGUCGAUAUUCUCUACGACACCGCGGUCCCCUCGAGCAUUGCCUGACCAGGUGUGGGCGGUUAAAAAAUCCAAACAGCCGUACUCAGGCCUCAAGGAUCGUGAACGUCGCAUUCGUGAGGUUGACGCAUUAAAGGCCCUCACCAAUUCGGACCAUAUCAUCAACUUUAUGGAUAGCUGGGAAGACCACGGGCACCUUUACAUCCAAACCGAAUUUUGCGAGGAAGGUAGCUUGGACGUUUUCCUCGCCCAGGUCGGACUUAAGGCUAGGUUAGAUGACUUCAGGAUUUGGAAAAUUUUACUCGAGUUAUCCAUGGGCUUGAAACAAAUCCAUGAUUCUGGAUUUAUUCAUCUGGAUCUGAAACCGGCUAAUAUCCUGAUCACGUUUGAGGGAGUUCUGAAGAUUGCUGAUUUUGGCAUGGCUGCUCGCUGGCCCGCUGAAGAUGGUAUCGAAGGCGAAGGUGAUCGUGAAUAUAUUGGCCCAGAGAUCUUGAUGGGCCGGUACGAUAAACCAGCAGACAUAUUCUCUCUGGGUUUAAUCAUGUUUGAAAUCGCUGGUAAUGUCGAGCUCCCCGACAACGGUCUUUCAUGGCAGAAACUCCGCAACGGUGACAUGAGCGAUGUCCCAAGCCUCACCUGGAGUUCCGAAUCCACUAUCUUCCGUGAUGCGUCCGGAAACCCCAUUUCGGAGGAGCCAUCCUUCGAGGAAUUAUGUGCGUCCGACUUUGGGGACGAUGAUUUUAGUGUACCCGGCUUCUUUGGGGCGCACAAGCCCGACACCGAACGAAGGGCGGUUCCAUUCACUCGGACCAGUGAACUUGUUGACCCUCCCGCGUUUAUGGUCGACGCCACCCACGAACAGGCCCUCGACGGGAUUGUGCGGUGGAUGAUUUCCCCAGAGCCACGAGAUCGACCCACGGCCGAUCAAGUUCUGGAGACCUUCGGUGUUCAGUUCGUUGCGUCUCGACGCCGGGCUGGGGCCACCGUUUAUGAGGGCAACUGGGGUCCUGCGGAUGAUGUCCUCGCGGAAGAUGCCGAAAUGAUCGACGUUUAA